AAGGAGGACGCGUAGCGGCUAUGAUGUGUUAAGUUCAUAAUGUCCCGACAAUCCGUCUAAGAAACUCACCUGUCAUGAAAGCUGAUACUUGGUAUUCGAAAAACUUUCGUUUAUUAGUGUGUUCGUGACAGUACGUAACCUGGAUGAUUAGUGUUAGUUUCCGACUUAUCGUGACAUUUCCUUCCCUCCCACUGUCGAUUCUGAGAAAUUUCACAUUUUCUAUUUGGGUGUACUUUUUGGACCAUUACAGGUACGAUAUAAAUCGAUCGAUAUGACUAUCAGAAAGAUUUGCGGUAUCGGUGCCGGAUAUGUAGGUGGACCGACGUGUAGCGUGAUAGCCUUGAAGUGCCCAGAGAUUCAGGUGACUGUAGUGGACAAGAGUAAAGAAAGAAUUGCACAAUGGAACUCAGAAAAGCUUCCGAUCUAUGAACCAGGUCUCGAUGAGGUUGUGCGUAAAUGUCGCGGCAAAAAUUUAUUCUUUUCUACGGACAUCGAGACCGCGAUCCAGGAGGCUGAUUUAAUUUUUAUCUCGGUCAACACGCCGACAAAAACAUUUGGCAAUGGGAAAGGAAGGGCAGCCGAUUUGAAGUACGUCGAGAACGCAGCCAGAAUGAUCGCGGAAAUUGCGACCGGGGACAAAAUCGUUGUGGAGAAGAGCACAGUCCCAGUCAGAGCAGCGGAGAGUAUCAUGAAUAUUUUGCGUGCCAACCAUAAACCAGGAGUAUCGUAUCAGAUCUUAUCAAACCCGGAGUUCUUGGCGGAGGGUACCGCAAUUGAGGAUUUAGUGAAUGCAGAUCGCGUUUUGAUCGGAGGUGAGGACUCACCGGAAGGGCAGGCGGCCAUCGAGGAAUUAUGCAAAGUUUACGAGCAUUGGAUUCCAAGGAAGAAUAUUUUAACUACGAACACUUGGAGUUCGGAGUUAUCUAAGCUGGCCGCCAAUGCCUUUUUGGCGCAACGCAUAUCAAGCAUAAAUUCCUUAUCGGCGGUAUGUGAAGCGACUGGCGCGGACGUGUCUGAGGUGGCACGGGCUGUUGGCCUUGACUCUCGAAUAGGAUCGAAGUUCCUUCACGCAUCGGUCGGAUUUGGUGGUUCGUGCUUUCAAAAGGAUAUUCUUAAUUUGGUGUAUAUCUGCGAAUGUCUAAACUUACCGGAGGUAGCGGCCUAUUGGCAACAAGUCAUAGACAUGAAUGAAUACCAGAAAUCUAGGUUCUCCGCGAAAGUAAUCGAGUCUCUAUUCAAUACCGUCACGGACAAAAGUAUUUCUAUGCUAGGCUUUGCCUUCAAGAAAAAUACUGGUGACACGCGUGAGUCACCGGCCAUUCACGUUGCUAAGACCCUACUCGAUGAGGGUGCUAUGCUUCAUAUAUAUGAUCCCAAGGUCGAGGAGAGUCAAAUUAUCGAGGAUUUGACACAUCCGAGUGUAACUAAUGAUCCAGAAUACGUAAAAAGCAGGAUCAGUAUUUACAAAGACGCUUAUAGUGUUACGAAAGAUACACACGCUAUAGUACUUUGUACCGAAUGGGAUGAGUUUGUAGAACUGGAUUACAAACGAAUUUAUAUUAACAUGAUGAAACCUGCAUAUAUUUUCGAUGGAAGAAAAAUUUUAGAUCACGAUAGGUUACAAAAGAUAGGUUUUAUCGUACAGACUAUUGGCAAAAGGAUUACGAGGACCGUACUUUCAAGGGCAUGGGGAAGUCAACCUCAAAUAUAAAUAAAUAUACGCAGGUUGUCAUAUGAGACCGAAUUUAUUUGAUUUCAUAAAUAUUUUAAUUAUCACGCGAAUGGGUUUAUAAUCUUGUAAAUUCCGAAAUGUGCUAGAUUUUAUACCCUCCACGGAAUAAUCUUGACAUAGAAAGUAGUAUUUGCUUUCACUUAAAGUAUUUUCCUUUUUUACAGAUUCUGUGAAAUAGUAAAUUAGCUUAUAAUUUUUUCAAAUUUACAAAAAAUGUAGAUUCACAAAAUUUUGAAAGAUCGAGCAUUUUUGAUGGAGCUUAGAUUUAAGAUUAUAAAUGUUGGAAGCAAAUGCGCCUUUUUGAGAACAAGUAUGUACCUAAUAUAUAUCACUUAUUGUAACUGUUUGUAGUAGUGAACAACGUCAGUUGUAUCAAACAUUUAUAUAUACUUUUUACAUAAUUUGAUAUGUAGAUAUCUGCAAUUAUUAUAAUUAUGAUGGUAAAUAUUGUAGCUUUAUUCUUUUUACAAGUGGGCAUUUACACGAUCUAUAGCGAAAGAUCCUAUUUUAAAAGAAACAAACAAAGAAUAUUCCUUUACUUUUUGUGCAAUAUAUGUUACGCAUAUAAAACAAAUACUGCGCGAGCGAGCACGGAUGUAUGAAGUUUUUGAUACUAAUUACAUUACUUAUUGCGAUACACUAUGACAUUAUAGGAUACAGUACAAUACUUACCAAUAUUUUAACUUAAAAAGAUGUAUUAGUAUUUUCCAUUAUGUGGAGAAUUAUUGUAAUUCUAUUUUUUCAUACUUCCAUAUUCAUUUAUUGCAUUUUUGGAAAACUUUUCCUAUAGUUUUCCAUUUAAUUUUAAAUAUUACGCUCUUAUUAGAUAUUUCUACAAGUGUAAAUAAUUCGUUCUUAAUGGUACUACUACUUUUAAUGUUGUAAUGAAAUUGUUAUGAAAGUUGUUUUCUGCUUUAUUGUAGAGAAAAUAUUAGUUUCAAAAUAUUACAUUCUUUUGUGGUAGUAACAUUAGGAAGGAAUGAAAAAAGUAAGCAAUAAUAUCAAUGUUAUAUUUGGUAUAUUAUAUUAUAUGUCAAAUAUAUUUGAUAUAUGUUUGAUAUCAAAAUGUUUUGUAUAAUGUAUAAUAUGUAAUACCAUUUAUAAAAAACAGUCUUAGAAGAUUAGCAAAUUAAAAUAUUCAUGAUAAUUUUACAAGAACUAUUUCCAUUGUAUGUAAUUACAGGAAAGUGGUAUAAACAAAUAAUUUAAUAUUGAUUUAUUCCAAGCAACAUAAUUUACUUUUGUGGUUAUAUACACGAGAUUUAUAAAUAAAUGUUAACAGAAAGUUUUCUAA